AGGGCCACUGGGCGGCGACAGCAACCUCGCAGGAUAUGGCUUCGCGGGCUUGCCCGGUGGCUACCCUGGCAGCAACAACCGAAUGGUCGGCGACGGCGGGAUGGGCGGCUACACGGGAGGCGGCGGCUACAAUGGGAGCUCCGCCGGCGGCGUGGGGCCUCUAGGCGGCGCUCUAUACGAUGGCUACCUCGGACAGGCCACUGGCCCGCAGGGCCGACCCUGCGGCGGCGGUGGCUGCGGGCAGGGCCGCGCCCCGCCCGUGCCGGGCGGCUUUGGCAGGAGCCAGGGCGGCCGAGAGGAGAGAGGCUUCCAGCCCGACGGCCGCCCUGGGGGCCGCGGCGGCGGCGGCGGCGGCCGUGGCGGCCGCGGCGGCCGCGGCGGUGGAGCGGAGGGCGGCGGCAGAGGCGGCAGGGGCGACGGCAUGGGCGGUGGCAUGGGUGGCGGCAUGGGCGGCAGGGGAUGGUCCGGCGCAGGCCGAGGAGGCGACGCCAGAGGUGCCUUCGGCAGGGGCGACUCUGGGGGCUUCGGUAGAGGCGGGGGCCGCGGCGGUCGGGUUGACGGCUCCUACGGCCGCGGCGACGGCUUCGGCCCCGGCCGGGGCCGGGGCGCCGCCGGCGCGUACGGUGCAGGUGGAGGCCGAGGCAUGAGCAAGGGCGACGGGUCCACCAGACCCAACAACCUGCCCAUGGACUGGAAACCCAACCACGGGGGUAAAGGCGAGCCGCGCAGUUGUGGCUGGGGCGGCGGCUCCCAGAACACCAAGGGUUCCCAAGGUGGCAAGGGGUACUUCAAGGGGGUCAACUACGGAUUCCCGAAGGGCGGCUUCUUUGGCGGCUUCGAUUGGUGCAAGGGUGGUAAGGACCCAGCUACAAUGACCCGAUGGGUUGAUCCAGAUCUCAAGGUCUGGAUUGGCAACCUGACAGACGACAUAACAUGGAAGGAGCUGCAGGCCCACAUGAACGCGGCCAGCAAGACCAAGUGGGUCGAGGUGUUCACGGGCAAGGGCAAGGGCACCGGGGCGGCCGUGUACGGUACUGCCGACGAGGC